UGACUCGUGAGUGUCUCCUCCAUGACCAAAAUAUCCCAAUAUAAUCACACCCUCAUUUAUCCCUACAUACCUUCACUAUAAAUAAACCAACCCCCUCCCUACAACCAAACUCACCUCCAAAAUUAAGGUUCACUUCCACAAAACUAACAAUGUCAACUGAAAACAACAACUCCGGUAUCCUUAAAAUCCGACCAGUCCCAGCUCCAGUCACACACUUAUCUUUCAUGCUUUCACAAGUCUCACUCAGACUCGCUGCGGCCGCCGCCUCAAUUGCGGCCGCUUGUUUGAUGCUUAACAGUCGCCAGUCCAAGGUUCUUUUUGGAACCAAUCUUGACGCGCGUUACACUUACUCUCCUGCCUUCAAGUUUUUUACGAUGAUGAAUGUUGUCGCGUGUGCCUUCUCUGUGUUGUCGUUGCUGCCAGUUUUUGUACUCAGUCGAAAAUUGUCAAACUCUCUCAAUUAUUUCUUCUUGUUCCUUCAUGAUCUGAUGAUAGUGAUAUUGUUGGCGGGUGGAUUUGGAGCCGCGACUACUUAUGCUCAAGUGGGCAAGUAUGGGAAUAGCCAUGCGGGUUGGAUGCCGAUUUGUAACGAUUUUGGAAAAUUUUGUCAUCAUGUCGCUGCUUCUUUGAUCUUGGGGUUCCUAGCUCUAUUUUGUUAUAUGGUUCUUGCAGUCAUGUCUGCGAAUAAAGCGAGGCAAAUCAAGGUUUAAAAGAGUGAUAGAUAUCAUAUGUGAAAUGACUUAUAUGCCGCUCAUGAAGUGGGAAAUUAGCUGUGGUAGUAGUAAUUUGGGAUUUUUUUAAUUAAAAUUUUUAUUUAUUUUUAAUGAGUGUCAUGUUUGGUAUGUUUUUAAUGAAUCGGACAGAAAUGCAUAUGUAACUACCUCUUUUAAGGAUGUAAUGAAUCUAGCUGCCCCUC